UUCUCGGUAUUAGAUCCAAGAAAAUGUUAAUAUGCAGCAAGCUAUAAGAUAUACGUGUAUGAAAUUUGCGUCACAGGAUCGUGGGGAUUAAAAGAGAAGAAAGCCCUGACGUCCUCAUCGUACCGACUUUGGUCGACAGUAUGAAUGAAAUCAAAGGUGUACUCUGGGAGUUUAUAUAACUAAUUUGCUAAGAUAUGGCAGAAAAUACGCUAAAAUUUGCUAUUGUAUUCAGAGCAAACAUCACAAACGAAGAUCACGUGAGAAAAAAAACAGAAGAAUUUUUUGAAAUAUUUCAUCGCAUGAAAAACUUUAACUCCGAAACUAAUAUUUUAAAGCCAAGAAACAUAGACACUGACCCAAUUUAUCAGGCAAAAUUAUAUGAAAUGGAAGUACAUAUUAAGAUUUUAGACGAUGAAGAUCACUUUCAAUCCGGAGAUUAUUGUACAAAAGUUUUUGAAGAAUGGUGUAAUGAACGUGACAACGUGUUAUCUAAAUCAUGGUUAAGACUGAUUAAUUGCUCAGGUUUGGAAAAAAAUUUCAAGCAGUUUCAUUGUGAUGUUAGAAGUAAAGAAAUAGCUUUUGGUACGUUUCCUAAUAUGCAGCAGUUUGUGCAGCAAUAUCAAUUUGCACCUGAAAUAAAUGAUGGUGAAAUAAUAAGUACGUUUUUGCAUGAUCUGAAACAGUUUAUCGUAUAUAUUUACUGCAAUCAUGAAAACUGUAAUAAAUUCAGAUUUGUCGUGGAUUACAAGGCUAUCGUUAAAGUUCUUGUUGAUACGUCAAAUGAAGAAAACAUGCAGAUUUUCUUCAAUUUGCAACAUAUACCUGUAAUUUAUCGAGAAAAAAAGAAAGAAGAUGAUAAACAAAAGAGAUGCAUAGAAAAUGAGAUGUGUAGUGGAGAAAAAGCAGUAUUUUUAGUAACUGAUCAAGAAUACCAGGAAAAAUACUGGGAACGGACUCUUACAUUCGGCUGUGAAUUUAAGAAUUCUGUUUGCCAUUUAUCUGAAAUUGGUGGAUGUUUAGUAUUUAAAAUUGUUUUCCCCGAAAAAUUUAUAGUAAAUGAUGUCAUUGAACGUUUAAUUCAGCGCUGCUCAUCAAAUACUCACUUUUAUUAUAGUCACAUAAGGACGGUUGUCCCGAAAAUCAAAUAUCCUAACAUUCAAAACCUACCUUUUGGAAGUUUAAGAAGUGAUUCAAAGAAAAAUGCAGAUUCAAAUACUGCAUUUAGUUGCCAGUUUGCAUGGGAAGCUAUUAUUAGAAAAUCGUUUGAAAUCAGAGAUCAACUUAACCUGAAACAGAAUGAAACAGAAAGUGAUCUGUUUCAACUAGAUCUCGUAAAAAGGAGGCUGAACGCAUAUUUUAACUGUAAUGCGGAAGCGUUAGUGAACAGUCUGUAUCAUAUUAGUGAAAUGAUUGAUAGACGCGACAUUUUCACAUUCUGUGAUGCUUUAGCUGAACUUUUCGAAUAUUAUUUGUGGGAAGAAUCAAAUGAAUUGGAGUUACCAGAAGAAAUGUGUUUAGUUAGACGUAUGAUUAUUACCCCAUCCAGGAUUAUGUUCUUGCAACCUUACGAGCAUUUUAAUAAUCGAGUAAUUCGAAAAUAUGAAGCAGACAACAUGUUAAAAGUUUUAAUUCAAGAGGAUAAUAGUUCGUCAUUUACACCUGCCGUGCGUAAUCAUUCAGAAGCGAAAAAAUUUAUGGAUGAUGUAAUGGGAAAAACUUUGAAAGAAGGGAUAUGGAUUGGACCCAGGCAUUAUGAAUUGUUGGCAUCAUCAAACAGCCAACUGAAAGAACAUAGUGUUUGGAUGUAUGCCAAGGAUGAAAAAGGAAAUACUGCAGAAUCAAUCAGAAAAUGGAUGGGUGAUUUUAGUCACAUAAAAAGUGUAGCAAAGUAUAUGGCUCGGAUGGGUCAAUGCUUUUCAAGUUCUACCAAAGUUGUACCCAAGGAAUUAGGUGCACAUGAUAUAGUUUAUAUAAAAGAUAUAAAAUCUGGUGAUGGAAAGUAUAUUUUCUCAGAUGGAGUUGGAAUGAUUUCUAAAGAACUGGCGAUGGAGGUGAGGAAGGUUUUCCAAGAAAAACCAUCUCAGAGACGGGAAAACUUAGAAUCUCUCUAUCAGGCUUCAGCAUUUCAAAUACGCUUCAAAGGCUGCAAAGGAAUGAUAACCGAGACACCUUCUUUACCAGGUCGGCAACUGAGAAUACGACCUAGUAUGGAAAAAUUCAAAUGUGAAAGCUCAAGCCAUUUAGAAAUCAUAAAGCAAAGUGCGCCACGUGCUAUGUUUCUGAAUCGGCCUUUUAUCACCAUAUUAGAGCAACUUGGAGUGAAACCACAGGUUUUCUUAGAAUUGCAAAAAGAUAUGAUGUUUGACCUCACUGAAUCUUUGAUCAAUGACAAAAAAGCUUAUAAGACACUGAAAAGAUUUACAUCUUUAGACUAUCCUUACAAUAAACUUUUUCGAGCUGGCAUUUCUAUAUCAGAAGAGCCAUUUUUUCGCUCACUUUUGCUAUCUAUUUAUAAAACUGCGAUAGGUAAACUGCAGUCGAAAACAAAUAUAGCAGUUCCACCUGAAAGCGGAAGGAAUAUGUUAGGAGUGUUAGAUGAAACGAAGACACUUGAGUACGGUGAGGUUUUUGUACAAUAUUCUACAGAACUGGACAACACAGAAUCAGAAACUGUUAUUUUAGAAAGAACAGUAGUAGUGACAAAAAAUCCUUGCAUGCAUCCAGGGGAUGUCAGGAAGUUGCAAGCAGUAGAUGUCCCUGCCCUACAUCAUAUUAAGGAUUGCAUUGUUUUCCCAGCUAAGGGAAAAAGGCCACACCCAGAUGAAAUGGCAGGUUCCGACCUCGAUGGCGAUGAAUACAUAGUUAUAUGGUUAGAUGAUUUAGUGUUUCCAAACGAUAAUGUUCCUCCCAUGGAAUAUACACCUAAUAAAGAAACUAUACAUGAAGGUGAAAUCACGGUAUCUGAUAUGACAGACUUUUUUUAUGAAUACCUCAUGAAUGGUGAUGUUGGCAUCUUAGGCAGUGCGCACUUAGCAUGGGCAGACAAAGAAGGAAUUUUUUCUGAAGUUUGCAUGGAUAUUGCCAAGAAAUAUGCUUUAGCAGUAGACUUCGCUAAAUCUGGAAGUACCUGCAGUUUGCAGCCAAAUGAAAGACCUAAAUAUUAUCCGGACUUUAUGCAGAAAGGGUUUUUAAACAAUAGUUAUGUAUCAAAAAAUGCAUUAGGUUUGUUGUUCAGGGUAGCACGAAAUUUAGAGUCUUGCGUCAAUAGAAUUGAUGCUUUGAAUCAACCUAUUUUUCCUGAUUCAAGUCUAGAAUAUUCUGGAUGGGAGAUAUAUGAACAGAAAGCUGACAACUUCAGGAAAAAAUACGCAAAUCGAGUAAAAAGCAUCUUAAAGAAAUAUGGCUUAAAAAAUGAAAUCGAAGUGCUUUCUGGAUAUAUAAGUGAAACCAAGGACUCUAGCCAAAACAUUUACGAUGUAACAGAAUUAUGUAAACUUUAUUUCUUGAAAAACAUCAAAAGUUUACGCUUGAAAUUCGACAAAAUAUGUCUUUUUUUAUUAAAAAAAUCUGGUAAUUCCUUAGAAGAUAUUAAACAUCGCAUGGCAUCUGCCUGGUACAUGGUAACAUACCGUAAUUCUGAUACAUCUGUGCUUAGCUUUCCCUGGAUCGUGAGUGACAUAUUAUGUGAAGUACGUGAAAGAAAUCUCGGAAGGUUUCCUUCAGCUCCAAAAAUGUCUUUUAUUAAAACGUCCGAUAUAUACCUUCUUGAACAAUUUUCUGAUUUUGUACAGAAAUCUUAUGUCUGUUGUUGUACCAGUAUAUUGCAGAUCACUGUAGAAAAGUGGAUAAGGAAAUCUUCUGAAAGCUUAGGUAUAAUAAAAAGUGAAAAUGAUUUUUGUGAUCAGUUCAUUCAGAGAAUUUCAAGUAAUUUUCAAGAAAAUUCCAGGAAAAAAUGUUGCUCUUUCAAAAGAAAUAAAUGCUCUUGUGAGAAGAAAGGUUCUUGUUCACCAAUGAAGCUCAUUUUAGAAUUUUUAAGAUUUUAUGCUUCAGAAGGGACUAAAUUUCUUGAAAAUUCUCAGGCUUUAUCACAGGAACAUAAAGACUGUGAUAACUUCCUUAAACUAAAUCUGCAGUCUGUAGCUUUACAAACUUAUGCCGCUGUAGCUGUAAGUAGAGAUUAUAGGUACUUAGGUUUAGUAAAUGAUACUUCAACAGCUUUUGAAGAAGAUGGCAGUUAUGAAGAAAGUUACCCCUUCAGAGUACCGGUCGAUGAAAUAUUUCAGUCAUUCAUUACUCAUGAUGUUGAUGAAGUUAAGCGUAUAUUAAAAUCUGAGUCUGGCGUGCGAGAAAUCUUUAUCAAACCAGGCAAAGUUGGAAAAGGAGGAUGGUUCCUCCUGGUGAAUUCUGUUGGUACAGUCUGGCAGAGAUGGAAGCUCGAACAACUGUUAAUGGAUCAGAAUAUAAGCACUUUCAUCGGAUCCACAUUGCAAAACUCUUAUCAUCGUAAUCACCUAUCUAAAUAAAGAGAAAAACUGAUAUUAAAUCAGUUUUAAUCACAUCAGUUUUGAUUUCCAUAAACAGACGAUUUAAAAAUCUCUAAAUUAAGAUUUAAAUCAAAAUGCCUAACUCAAAUUUACUUGGAUUUUACGAAAUCGCAUAAACUAUUUUAUUUCAGUCUUUAAAAAAAAUGUGACCUCUUAGUUAAAUACGUAUUUUUGGCUUUGUUUAUUAUUAUUAUAUUUAUUAAUUAUUAUUAUUAUUACAGCAAAAUUUUAAUAUUUUUACUUAGCUACGGAACAUAUAAGGUAUUUCUCCUUCCUUGCCGUGUGCCUUAGCGGUGUAAUCGGAAAGCACAUCUUGCUAGCAAUCGGAAGGUCUGGAGUUUCAGUCCCUUCAAGGACAAAGCCCGUUUUCAUAUCUCCUACUCCAAAAUAAAACUCUUAUUGCUCUACGAACAUUUUCAAAAGAAACUUUGAACGAGUUUAAGAAGAGCUUUAAAAAUAUCGGAUAUUAUUUGCAAAACGUAACUUUAAAUCAUAAAGUGACUAAAAUUAAUCUCAAAGAGAAUAUGUGCCUAUUAAUUCAUGAUAUAUAAUAUUGCGUAGUAUGUUAUCUAGUUUUUAACUUGACGAAAUAAAUAAAUUAAUAUUAAAAGAAGCUGCUGUUUGAAAAAUUCAGAUUCAGUAAAAUUUCUCGAAAGAAAGCCAAUUCAAAAAAUUAAAUUCUCAUUGUUGAAUGACGUAAAAAAUCAACACACGAGUAAUUUCGAUUUUAAAAACUGCAUUGUUACUUUCUGAACGAAAAAAGUUUUGAAAAGAAAAAUACCAAUAUUAAGAAAAUAUACCACCGUUUGAGCAAAAUUAAAUGUGAUAUAUGUGUAAGUUAAAAAUAUGUAAAAUAAUAUAAGUUUAAUUUGCAGUAGUCGUUUAACUUGCCAUUUUAAUUUGGCUAUUUUCCCCCUUUCUGUCCUAAAAAUAUUAAUUUUUUAUGAUAAAUCACUCAAAACUGUGUCAUUCCAAAAUUAAAAGCUGCCACACGAUUGUUACGUAAAGUUCAUGACACAGAUAACUUACAUAUGGCUUUAACUAAGAAUGGCUUUAGAAGAUUAAAUAUUAACUAACUAAGAAAAACGAAACUAACUUAUGGUGAAGGUAAAUUCAGAUUGCUUUGAACUCAUCUUUCAUCUUAAAACACGUCACAUUUGCUUUUCGGCUUCCGUCCUCCCCACUUGCUACUUCUCCUUUCUUAAUGAAAUGUAAAAGUUUUAGGACAGCCGCACGGGUUGUGCCACUUAAUCUGUGUUGGCUAAAAAUGUUUGACAACAAGAACAUAUGUAUAUAUAAAGAAGCAUGCAAUCUUUCUUUCUGCAGAACUUCAACAUAACGAUUAGGUUUUAUUUUAAAGACAACAAAUUUAGAAAUUUUGCUAUCGAUAUAUUUUUAUCUUACACAUAUAUCAGUAUAGGUUGCUAGAAAGUUAUUAUGUUUGUGAUACUCAUAGGAUUAAAACAACAGUAGCUUCAGAAUAUUUUUGAGGAAAUUAUACAAUUUUUUAAAUGAUUAUUUAGCACUAUUCAACAAUUCACUUUUAUGAUAUUGAAGACUGUAGAGUCUAGAGGCCUUUUGGAACAAAAAAAGUAAAUUGUCAGCAGCGCGCUCUCCAAGAAUAGAACCAUAGGUCUUUCAGUUACAAUUAGACGUGUUAAAUAUUUUGCCGCAAAAGUAUAUAUUGUAAGAAUGUUAGGUUAGCUUAGGUUAAUUGAUUAAGGCAAAGCAACUCGAGGGCUAUCUGCCUAUGGGGUGGGAUGCCUUGGUGAGGACUUUUUAAGGGAAACUGGCUCGUAUCCAGGUUACAUGUGGCGAAAACCACGGAAACGAACCACGCAGCCAACCCCCUUUCACCGGGAUUCGAACCCAGGUCGAACUACCAGGGUUCAGCGGCGUUACAUGUUUUGACCAAAACUCAGGAACAGAAUUUCCAAAAUUCUCUUCCUCGAGAGACAAGUAAAAUGCAUGUUUACCUAAAAACUGUGAAACUUAUCAAUCAGAAUUAAAAAAAGUAGAUCUGAAUGUAAAGCAUGAUAUAACACUGAAGAAUGAUGGAAUAUGUUCAGCAGUAUAUCAUGCGUAGAAUCACAGAGGCUUAUGUCAAAUGGUUUAACUAAACACCUAACUAGAAUAAAAAAUACUUUCAACUAAUAUAUGCCUUAUUUGUAUGUGGUGGUGAAAACUAUGAUCACGUUCUGAUGUGUCCAUUGUGGAUGAUGCUUUCAGGAAAGAAUUGUAUUCGCCAGUUCUUUAAUGGCCUAAUUCGGAAGUUUUCAGACUUUUUAGCUUUUGUUUAUAACUUGGUAUCAGUAUUCUGUUUGUUCCUUAUUAUUUGUUACAUUAUAUAAAUCUUGAUGUGUUGUCAUAAUGUAAUGUAUUUAUUUCUAAUAAAGCUAUAUGUAGCAGCAA